GAGAGAGAGAAAAAGAGAGAGAGAGAGAAAGAGAGAGAGAGAGAAAAAGAGAGAGAGAGAGAAAGAGAGAGGGAGGGAGAGAAAGAAAAAGAGAGAGAGGGAGGGAGAGAAAGAGAGAGAGGGUAUGAGAGACCUAUUGAGACAGGUUGAUAACUAAUAAAUAGCCACUAGUGCACAUCAUGGAAACCUUGUAGAAGGGCAUCUGUACUUUUUAAUAACUUAUUUACUUAUUGAUUUAUUUAUUAAUAUAUAUUUAUUUAUUCAUUCAUUUAUUUACUUUUAUUAUUUUUAUUCUGUACUUAAGUCAGAUAUGCGAAGCUGUGGACCUCGCCCGGGCUAUGGCUAUGUACUUGCACUUGACAGGUUGAACUAAUUAAAAAAAUUGACAGUUUUGAGAGAUGAUUAUUUGAUAAUUGGUAAUGACAAUCUUUUCAGAUACAUUGCAAUUAGUAUUUAAUCACCUCUUCAUACUGUAUUAAGACUAAGUAUAGUAGUACGUCUAAGGUUGCCUUGGGUUGAACCACAUGCCACUGUGAAGCAGAUAGGAGCAGCUGCUGAAAGGGAGCGUGAGUGUAUGGAGUCAGCUUUUCAGUCUCUCUCAUUCUCUAUCUCUCCCCUAAGCCAUUUGUCAUCUGCCAUCUCUUUUCUGAAGGGAUUUGGUGCCAGUGUGUCAUGCAGAGUGGUGUCUGAGCCAGUCAUCAAGUGGACUGACUACCCCUUAAGCCUCUUGGUGAAACUUCUCUUCCUUUUGGACAAGGGGGAUUUGACUGCUCAAGAGAGGAGUAAUAAGGCAAAGGCUGCAGCUCAAGCUUUUCAUGCCAUAUUGGUGAAUGGGAUCUGCAGUUCUGACCCAGUUCGAAAUGAACUGCAGAAACGUCUUAAAGUGCUAGUUGAUUAUGGUUUCUUCGAACUGCGAACUGGCACUGAAGCUGCUAAGUAUCAUGUUAUUCAACAGGAUAAAGAUCUCCUUUCAUUGAUUGAUGCCUGCCACUGUCUGGGCAUUCACACAAAUAAUGCUUUGGAGGACAAGAUAAGAAAAGUCAGAAGGAAGCUGAGGCUAACACCUGUGGAAACUACUAGGAACUUCUUCAUACAUUCAGAAAAUCUCUGGAUAAUGAAGAUGUGUGAUUUACUAACUCCUAGACAAGUACACAAAUUUCUGGCUAUUAUUCAGGAAAAGGGUCUUUUCCAUAGAUCCUCUGAUCGAUACUUUACUGUAUUUGAAGAAAGCAUGGUGCAAAUUGAUGGAAUGAAGGAAUGUUUAUUCUUUUACAUGAUCCGAUGUCUUCAGUUCAAAGGAACCUACACUAAAACAGUUAAGGAUGUUCUAGAAAAAUUGGGACAAGGAGCAAAAACAUGUAGAGAGGCAAAUAUCAUCACAGACCUUACAAAUGGUUUAAGGUGUUAUCCCUCAAAAUGCCACCCUACAGGAUACUGUAUUGUUUUCUGUGUAGUUGGGGACAGAGAUGGAGCAGAGAGUGAAAUAGGGGAAAUUCAGAGAGUAUUUGAUAAAAGUCUAGGAUUCGUAGUUGAAAUACAGAGAGAUCCAGUAAAGGAUACAAUUAACACAGUCCUAGAGAAUUUGAAGAGCCCAAAAUAUGAUUUCUAUGAUUCGCUGAUAGUGUGGUUUAUAGGCAGAGGAGGAGAUGAGUUUAAGCUUGCAGAUGGCACUUACUACAGUAAGAAGAAGAUACCAAGUGAUUUUUCUGGAUUAAAGACCUUCAGUAAGAAACCAAAGUUGUUCUUCAUGGUCUCAGAUCAAGAAGAAUUGCCAGUUAUUAGUCAUG